AUGUCAUUGCCACAACAGCAUCAAUCUAAAACCAUUCCUCCAGCUACUCAUUUAAUCACUCAUGACAACCAUGCUUAUGACUCGAUUCAGAAUUCUUCUUCAACUCAAACCACAUUACUUUCUGAGCAAGCGCAUAUAAAUGACGUUUUUACUGAAAAUAUUCCAAAACGAGUGGGUUUGUCGGAUAUGGAUGGCAUUAGGUACAUGAUAUUCGGAUCGCUAUUCAUUCUUGGUGUUGAUUCGUCUUUGUUUCCUCUAGACACUGUUAAGACCAUCAUCAUGUCUGAACGGUCGAGACAGCUACACAAACAGAAUGUGUUUCGGAUGAUAUAUCGUAUAGCAAAAGACGAAGGUAUUCUCAGGUUUUGGCGUGGUUUAUUUCCGUCUGUAAUUGGUUCUUUUCCUGGUCAAGCCAUGUACUAUAUGGCAUAUGAAUCAACACAAGAAGUAGUAGAUAAAGUUUUGGCAAACAACUCUAGUCAUGGUGCAAUUUUCACCAAAGGAUUUUUAUCAGGAGCAUGUGCGGAAAUUGCUGGUGGUAUGUUUUAUGUUCCUGCAGACAUUGUUGCGCAAAGGCUACAGAUUCAAUCUACACGAGGAUUCGUGCACAAUUCAAGGUUAUAUUCUGGACCACUCGACGUGGUUAAAAAAGUGCUGCGAAACGAUGGGAUACAAGGAUUUUAUCGAGGAUAUUUUGCAUAUGUCGGAGCAUACGCACCCGCUUCUGCUGUUCAAUGGGGAUCCUACGAACUAUUUAAAGGAAUCCUAUUUCGCACGACCACAUUCCUUGAAACUCGAUUUAGAAUAAAUUCCAAACCCAUACCAGCUAAAGAAAAUAUCGUAAACGGAAUCAGCGGUGGCUUGGCUGCCAUUUGUGCCAUCACAGCUAACAAUCCCCUCGAGAUUCUUCGAAUCAGAACUCAGUUGCUUGAAUCUAGAAACAAAAAAGACGCCGAGAGUAUUCGACGAGGUUAUGUACAGCUUGCAUCAUCCAUAUUUCACGAAGAAGGGUGGAGAGGUAAACUUUGA